AUGCUUCUUCCACAUUGUGACGUAGACAUCCAUUGCACCAGACUCUUUAGAUGCUUGUCGCCACCAAACACACCGCAUCCCCAGUUACCUGUGCCCACUGGAGACGGGAUCGUCUUUGAGUACCUGUCCAAGAAUCCACAGUAUGACUUCAUCAACUCACUAAAGUAG